CGCGGUGCGUCGCAGCGCAUUUCAAUUCGUAUCCUCGUCAUCCCGUACGAAUGUUUGAUGCGAGCGAAUGUUUCGAGAGAGCGUCGUGGACUGCCGAAAGUGAAGUGUCGGCCUUUGUACCGACAUUCGUCGUGUCGAAUGCAUGAUGCGAAAUCGUGUCGCAUUCAAUCGAGUUUCGCAGCUUCUCCGUUGCUUCUUAUUCUGAGUUUCCGAGACGCGUGAGUACCAGGAGGGUUUCGAAAGUACCGAAAACGAAGGCUCGCGCGUUCGUGCCAAGUAUGAAUCAAGACGAAUCAUCGUGAGGAGAAUUUUGGAUCCUUUGUGUCGCUCAGACGACAAUGAUCGGUCGGGAUAGCACGAAGUCGUAUCGCGCGUUCAAUCGCGUCUUCUCCGUUGCUCCGUAUUUCGUAUCUCAAGUUUUCGACGGGCGUUAGUACCGGAGGUGCUGAAAACGAACCAAGUGUUGCGCGUGUGUGCCAAAAGUAUGAAUCGAGAGGAUCUUGGAUCUUCGAAAGCGGCGGCUGAGACUACGAGACGGAGCUGGACGGAGCGAUCAGCGAAUAGACUGUUGUAUCGAAUUUACUCAAGAGCAUCUUUUGACAUGCCACCUAAAUUGGAACUAAUCGCUGCAGCAUGUGAGAAUAUGGGCAUUGGAGUAAAUGGUGAUUUACCUUGGCGCUUAAAGACAGAAAUGGCGUUUUUCACGCGCAUGACGACCGACACGAAGCAAAACAAUAAAAAGAACGUCGUACUUAUGGGCCGGCGUACGUGGGAGUGCAUUCCCAAGAAGUAUCGACCUCUGAAGGAUCGUAUAAACAUGGUGUUGUCUUCACAAUCAUUGGAUUAUAAAGAUGAGGCAAUAGUGUGCAAGAGCAUACCACACGCCCUUGACGUGAUUUCAGGAAUGCAGAAUCAAGUGGAAAGAGUAUGGGUGAUAGGAGGAAGUAGUGUGUACAAGAGCGCCAUAGAAUCUCCGUAUUUCGGACGAUUGUAUCUGACGCGUAUAAAGAAAAAAUAUGAAUGUGAUACGUUCUUUCCUCUCAUUCCAAACGACUUUGUAUUGGUCGAAGAUCCAACGGUACCACAAGGUAUACAGGAAGAAAAUGGAAUUGAAUUUGUAUACGAAGUAUAUGAAAGAAGAUAAAUAGCGGAGUUACUUUUUCCAACCAUGUAAACUAUAAAUAAAUGAACUAUUUUAGUAAACAUAUUUUUUGUUGCUUCUAUAAGUAAGAAUAAAACUAUAAAAAGUACUAUA